UAAUGACCACAUAAAUAAACAAACACUAACAAUUUCUUUCCUCCAAAUUGCAUUUCAAAACCUCUCCAGAAUUUCCUUUGAAUCCAAAACAGAGUAACUUCAGACAACCAAAGCAUGGGGAAAAAGAUGAAACUUCUUCCUUUCCUCUCACAGAAGCCCUCUUCCUCAUGGUCAUGGCCGUCCUGUCAACAGCCAAGAACCCUUUCUUUUAGGGCCAACGACAGUAUCAUUAAGACCGUCAACACCGCCAACGUCGACCCCGAAACCGGAACCCCUGAUUCCAUCUUCAGCAACUCCUCUGAAUCUCCAAGUUUCUCCACCGCCGCAUCUGAUGAUGACACCGUCGCCAUGGGAGGUGAUUCUGUUGAGAAUGUCAUUCGAGGGUUGAGGUCGGAGAGGCUGUUCUUUGAGCCGGGGGAGACUAGCUCGAUAUUGGAAGAAGCAAAGGCGAGCUCUGCAUUGCCUUUGAAACAGAGUACUCUGUUUUUGUCAAUGGAAUCCAUAGACCCUUUCAUGGAUUUCCGGAAGUCAAUGGAGGAAAUGGUUGAGGCACAUGGACUGAAAGACUGGGAUGGACUGGAGGAGCUUUUGUGUUGGUAUUUGAGAGUAAAUGCAAAGGGAAAUCAUGGGUAUAUUUUUGGUGCUUUUGUUGAUUUGCUUGUUGGAAUAGCUAUUUCCUCUGCGUUUGCUUCUAGCACUCUUUGUUGUUCUUGCUCUCAUUCUCCUUCUUCCCCUUUAUCUUUCUACACUUCUUCUUCCUCUUCCUCUGAGGAUUCCUCUACAACUCGUUGUGUUUCUUCAUUAGAAGCUGAGGAGAUUGAUAAUGUUCAUUGUUUAUCUACUUUGUUAGAAGCUGAAGAAAUUAGAGGUGAUGAGGAUGGAGUUUGAUUCAGAUAUAUGUAUGUAUACACACUAAUUUUGAUCAAUGUUAGUUGAUGUGUUUUUGAUGACUUUCAGAAACCUUUUUCUUUCACUUUCUGUCCAAGCAAACAACCCCACAUGCUCACAUGCCACCAUGUGAGGUUAGAAGUUGCUUUCAAUUGUCAUCCUACUUUUGCUAGGUGGGAAAAUCUUGAUCAAUUGAGCAAUAAAGGGAAAAUUGGUUGGCUUAAAUAUAAUAUCAACUAAUUCGCCUAUUAUUAAUUGAUUUUAGUUUAGAGGCUCUUCAAUAACUGAGAUCUUAUUUC